AUGAUCAAGGCACUGGUCACUACUCACACAAAAAGAAGGCCAGGUACCAAGUCCGACUUGACAGAGGGAAAAGGCAAUGGAGUUUCCAUUCUGCUGCAAGGGGGGCCGGGGACUGGGAAGACAUUUACUGCAGAAAGUCUUGCAGAGCUUACCCAAAGACCACUGUACCGAGUGACGUACAGCGAUAUCGGAACCAAGCCGGAUACGGUAGAGAAAGGACUCAAGGCAGUGCUUUGCCUAGCAACUGCUUGGAACUGCAUCAUUCUUCUUGAUGAUGCUGACGUCUUGCUUCAGCGAUUCUCGAGAAUGGAUCUCGAACGCGAUGCUUUGGUCUCGGCGAUUUCACACAUGCUAGAAUACCAUGACGGAAUCAUGAUUCUUGCAACGAGUCGUCUCGAUACCAUCGACGAAGCAGUGCGAUCACGCAUACAAUCAACGAUCCACUACCCAGAGGUUGCAGGAGACGUUAGAUUGGAAAUAUGGGACAACUUACUGAACCUGCUCAAAGAAGGAGAAGACGAAAUUGACAUAUGGGAUAUAAGAGAAUGGCUAAAAUUCCAUACGGGAUUACGGCUGGAUGGGCGACAGAUCAGAAACGCAAUAGCUACCGCACGACAACUAGCGCGAUACGAAGAGGAGGGGCUGAAUUCCCGACAUGUUGAGCAGGCUAUUGGUACCAUUUUAGAGGCCGAGAAAGAAGUCUAA